UGAAUGUUUGCGAGAUCCGGUUAGAAGCUAAUCCUGCGAAGUGGCGACUCGAAUUAUUUCGCCAGGCUGUCGUACGAUUAGAAAAAUUAGCGAACGGCAAUAUCGCCAUUACUCUUCGCGUGUGUAAAUAUCAGUUCCAUGAAAAAGGUAACGCCGUUUAUCGAUCCCCCGCGUAAUAACCUACAGAGUUCGAAAUUUUAACGAUCAGUGCGAAGCGGAAAUCGGAAAGAAACGCACAUCGACGGCGAUCGGUGAAUAGGUUUUAAAAAAAAAAAAAAAUGCUAAAAACGUCCAACGCUCACUUGACGUUCCUCUACCGCGCGACGAAAAUCUUCGGCCUCGCGCCGUUCGCGUUGAAAAACAACAUGGCCGUCGAAGGCUCCGCGCCGGACGUACUUUACCCCUUCUUCGCCGCCAUCUUUUAUCUGCUGAGCGGCAUCGCCUUGUCCUACGUGAGACUCUCCGCGAAUUUCUCCGUAAACGACAGGCUCUCGAUUACCACCGACGUUCUGACGGAGCAAAUUGGAACCGUGGCGGUCGUCGCGGUGAUUCUAACCAAUCGGAGCAAGCGGGACGUAAUCGUCGACGUCUUCAAUUCCUUCGUGGAAAUCGACCGGAUCCUCGCCACUCUGAACAUCCGGCAGGACUACCCCGGCCUAUUCAGGACCCGCGCCCGACGUUUCGGCUACUUUUACUGCCUGAUAUCGAUGGCGGAGAACCAAUUGUCCAUCGCCAGUUGGAUAUUCAACGACGCCAUUACCGCCCGCCAUUUUCUGAUAAUUUUAGUUUCCGGCAACGGGAUGUACUUCGUUUUUCACCUGGUCCUCUUCCUGUUCGCGAACAUCAUGGAAUUGAUAACGGAACGUUGCGAACAAUUGAACGACGCUCUGUCCGCGUUGUGCAGCGUCGAAAGAUCGAGGACACCGAACUCCACCCGUCUGAACGUAGCGGACGUCGGGGCCGUCGGGUUCGGCAGAUCUGAGGCGUUGGAAAGGCUGAAGAGAAUCCAAGAAUUGCACCACCGCGUAACCGAAUUGAUAGAUAAAACCGUGGAUUUGUUCUCACUCCCCGUGCUCGCUACCGUAGGUUUCUAUUUCGCGAAUUUGGUGACGCUCUCCUUCGGGAUUUACAUGUUUACGGAGGUGGUCUGGAUGGCCGGCACCGCGGUGCUCUGGAUGAUUCCGCUCGUCCUCGAACUAUACGCCGUUGCCGUUGUCUCCGCCUCCGUUCAGAACUCGGUGAGGAGAUCACCGAAAAUUCUCAACGGCGUCUGGAUCAAGCAUCGCCCUCACGAUCUGCAAAACGAGAUCCAAAUGCUGUCUCUCCAGAUGCUGCAGACGCCCGUCGUAGUUUCGGCUUUCGGUUUCUUCCCUCUGGACUAUUCGAUCCUCUACACGAUGUUCUGCACCGUCGUAGGCUACAUUUUGAUCAUGAUUCAAUUCGAUAAUUCGAGAAGAGAUCCCGCCGCCAAGAUUAAAAUUCGUCAGAGUGCGUGGCACCGAAUUUUGCCAAACUAUAGAGCUGAUUGAGUUCAAAAUUGAGAAAUAUUCGAAUAACGCACCACGGUCAAUCUUCGUUCGAACCUUCGAUCCCACGGGACCGGAUGAUGCCCGAUGUCGAAAACGGAUGAGCGACAUAACCUCAACGAUCGAGAUUGCUCUCUUUCUCGAGAUGAGUUUGAAAAAUUUCAUCGCUACCUGUCGCUCGAAAGUCGUGACUAAGUAUUUUGAUAUUAUGUGCACGUGUAAUCCAGGCCUCCGAUUUUCAUUUUUUUUUGGUCAGGAAGCCUUUGUUAUUCGUUUUUGAGUGAUUGUAAGUCGAUAAUAAACGUGAUUGAAAGUAA